CUCGCCAACAAUGACUGGAUUAACAUGAUGAUCACUGUGACGCUCGCUUUCUGCGCCAGCAAGCAGGACGAGUGCGUAAUGGUCGGUGCGUUUAUCGGUAGCAUCCAGCUGGAGUAUCUCUGCGCAGCACAACGCACGCUGCUAGGCGACUUGGAGCGAGCUAUCGCUAUACGCGACCGUGAACGCCAGCAGUUGUUGCAGCGAAAGCAGCGGUACUUAGACGAGAUCUGUAUUUCGCUGUUCCGGUGCUGCCGCGCCGGGUUAAGCUUCGAACAGCUCUGUGUACCACUCACAGAACGGUUCUGUCGCCUGCUCAAUACGUUUUCGAACCAAAUCGUAUUGCACUACAACGAGCUAGAAAUUCUGGCCGAUAUUAUGAAGGUGAAAUGUAAAAAGGCCAUUCUGAUCGUGCUGCAAUGUCUCAAGAACCUCCUAGCAAAUGACACGGCGGAUGAGGAACUACAAAAUCGAGUGGCCCUUUUCAUACUUUCCGAGGCGGACCUGCUUGUGCGAGUGAUGUAUGCUUACAAGCAGCUAGAACUAUCUGUCCUUAAUCUACUUUUAAAAACACAAAAGCAAAUUGGCACCCAAGCAUUCGCCGAAGAAGUGGCAACAAAGAUUGCGUACAGAAUUUUCACAGCCACCGAAGAACCGGUGGUCAAUGCAUCGAUCGACUUGCUCACGUUGUACUACACUACGAUCACUCCCGCGGAUGAGCUGGAAUGCAAGAUGCUAGUGGAUCUGCUCCAAGUGUUCCAAGUGCAUGAACUACCAAUCGCCACAUUGGAUAGGCUAAUCGAGAAGCUGUGGGUCAAAGGGUUCUUUCGGCGUUUCAACGCUCUCUUCCAGUUGCUGAUGAGCUUGGACAUAUCAGUGGACACGUUCCUCGCAAAGUGCGUUGUGCAUACGAUCACGCACUGUCACGGGAUGCUGGUCGACGAUAUUAAAGAAAAGAUAUCACCUGAUCCAAACCGCAAUACGCUGGGAACUCGGUGGGGCCGUAUUCGGGAACGCAUGCAGAGCUUCAUCGCAAGCUAUCCAAAGAGCUUGCGCGACAUUUCGGCUUAUCCGGAACACUUUGUGUUGCUCUUGAAUCCGUUACAACCGGAGUACAAUGAAUGCUAUGGCAUGUGCGGGAUGAAUUGUGAGGCGUUUUGUGUGGAAGUAUUUUACAAAACGCUGUUACCAAUUGCUCUUGACUGUUCCUCGUAUUCCGUACUGUACCACACUCUUGCUACAAUCUAUCGCUACGAUCGGAUCAUGUACAUCUCUGAGGAGAUCUGGCAGAAGUUGACGGAUGACUACAUUACCUUCUUCUUCCAUGUACGAAGCCGUCUAAAACGCUACAACUUGGGAAUCGACAAAGAUCUCAUGAAUGCCUAUGACGCCACCAUUACGCGCUUGUGCGUGUUGAUGGAAAUUAACAGUUUUUCACUUGAUAUCGACACGCUAGCCGAAUACUUGGCCAAUGAUCUUCGGUUGCUCGAGAAAAUGGAUCUGAGUAUCGAAGGGGAGAUGAUAUUCUUCCGUCUCUACAAAAACACUCUCUAUGUCCUCGUGAAUCAUUGGCUAGAGAAUCCUACUAUGUUUCCUUCGGCUAUGACAGAACGAGUGAUAGGUCGUCGAGUAGGGACUCUGAUGUCGGAACUAGUUUCGCGAAUUCAAACGGUGAAUGACCUGGAGUUCAGUGGAGCGAUACAUCUGAUCGUUGCUUUUUGUGAUCUGGUGAUUCUGCUGCAACCUGCCUCACAGCUCCAUCAGAUGUCCGGGAUAGAAAACAUCGAAUUUCAGGUAGAAGAGACACUGUUAGAUACGCUGGGAAAAGCGGUCGAAUGGCACGUUUUCAAUAAUACUGAUCCCGAUACAUUCAAAACACUGCUAUCACAGAGGAAAAAUGUACUGGGCAAGUACAUCGCAAUGUACGGUUUGCACAGAAGCCUGCCCCAUUCAAUGGGCCCAAGCCACGUUCUGUGGCACUACGGUCGAGAAAAAGAAUUCGAAACUGAACUUGAGCAACUGCUGCUGACCAUAUUUCAUGCUGCAGUCAACAAUCACUACAACGAAGUCAUAGGCCUCGCGUACCUUAACUGUUUUCUGACCCGGGGCAACAUUACCAGAGGAAAGGUUUUCAUCAAAAAGGUUCACGAAUUUCAGCUAAAAUGUUUACCGGAAGAGAGUUCCAGCGCUUAUUCAUUCGGAAUUCUUCGUUCCAUCGCCAAACUUUUGCUAGGUCUGAACGAUAUGCAAAGCGAUGGAAAUAAAAGUUCUCUCUUUUCCAAGGUUAUGAAAAGCAUCAAACCAUGGUCGCUAAAACUGCCCCAAGGACAUCGAAAAGAACUGUACCGAUUCAUCUUGGAUCAUCCACAAUUCCCCAACGAUGUAGAAUGUCGGAUUGACAUUGAACAUUUCAUGGAAGGAAAUUAAAAAAAGACAUUGAUGGAGGUAUAACCGACGUAACUUUUCGC